AAAUUCAACUCAAGUGAUUCAAAAUUAAGCCAAUUGAUCGUAAGGAAUAGGACAAUUAAAACUAGAAUGCGAGGAGCUCUUCUCUUGCUUGUACUAUUAAGUGCACAACACGUAUCGACAAGCCAAUUUUGGCUCAGUGUCGAAGUUGAACAAAUUGAUUGGACUGAUGGAUGCUUGACGACUGCUCUCUGCUCACAUCCGAGAUUUCAAUUAAUCAAGGAUUUACUCCCAGUCAAUGAGAAGGUUACAAUGAAUUGGCCAAUUGUGGAACAUUUUGAUAAGGAAUCCCACCGUCCAUUUGUCUCGUAUUGGCCGUCGGGAAGAACUGAGGAUAUCUCAAUGUCUGCCCAAGUUGUUGGAACUGAUAGAACCUAUGGAUUCCCGAGAAUCUGUGAUCAGUCACCAUCGGUUAGGAUUUUCCCAGAGGAGCAUAAAAAGAUAGUGGCUCAUCUUGAAAAAGAAAAACCAACUGGAAAACCACCAAUGGACUCGUUGAAAAUAAAAGUGAAGGGAAAAUGUUUUAAUGCAACAAUGACAGUAAUCAAGCAUACUGAGAGAUGUCCAUGGUGUCCUGAUCCAAAAGAAAUUACAAUAAUCGGACAAGAACCUGGAAGUGAGGCAACUGGAUUAAGAGCUGGAUCAGCUGCGUGGCUUUUUGGAUCAUCAUCUUCAUUGAUUUCUGAUGAUCGAAUUGUUCAUAUUGGAGUUCUUGUCCUGGCAAUUGUUGCUGUCUUGUCUUCAACUGCAUUUGCUAUCAUUUUGGUUAUGUAUUUGAGAAAUAAGAGAUUGGUCAAGGAGACACUCAAGAAGCCACGUUUUCAUCCGUAUAUCUCGGUGAAGGGGCAUGAAAUUGCUGAGGACAAUUGCAGAUAUGAUCUUCCAUGGGAACAGCAACAACGCCCCCUAACCUACUGGAUGACGUCAUCAAACAAAUCAUCCGAAUCCACAAUGACGUCACCAUUGGAUUCAGCUUCAUCCCUUCAUGGAAGUGGUGGAAGUCAUCAGAAUCCACACAUGUACAAUUCUCAUCAUCAUCAGCAUCAGCAACAGCAGAAUGCUCAUCCAUCAGAAAUGUAUCAUUCAACAUAUACACGUGAUGGAUAUCAAACAUAUCGUCCACCACCACCAUCAGUUCAUCCACCAAUAUUUCCACCACAAACACAAUUAUUCCAUCCACCAACAUACUCAACACAACGUCACGUAACAUCUCCAAAUUCAUCAAGAAAUGAUGAUUCUGGAUUGGAAUCUGUGUAAAUUUUAAGUGUUUAAUAAUUAGGCUGGAUCUAGAUUCGAUUUGUUUUUUCUUCAUCCUUUUUUAAUUAACGUUACGGGUUAUCAACACUGAUGACAACCGGUGAAACAUUAUUUUUCAAAAUUCAGUUUUUUUUUUGUCAGAUUGUAAAUAUCCUAAUAUUUUCUAAAUUGUAUUUUUAAUUGAUUCCUUUAAUGAAUUGUGUAUCUUAA